AUGCUAAAUGCAUUUCUCUGGAACGGAGUCUCAGAUUCAGCUAAUGGAGCGAAAGUGUCGUGGGAGAUAGUUUGCACUCCUAAGAAGGCUAGAGGUUUGGGAAUUCGAAGAAUUGCUCAGAUUAAUCAGGUGAAGCUUCGAGAUUUAGCCCGUCCGUUUAUUGUCUGUCAGCUUGUCUCAGGGAAAAAUGCGUUAUUCUGGCAUGACAAUUGGAGCUCUCUUGGUCCCUUGAUUGAUUUGACCAUUGCUAAUGGACCGAGAAUUUCAGGUAUCCAUAGAUUUGCAACAGUCUCACAGGCUAGAGUGAAUAAUGAGUGGCUGCUUCCAAGAGGACGUCACUCUCUUCUUCUCUUGCUAAGGAAUUGCCUCCCUGAGCUUCACUUGAAUCAAAAUGACUCAUCCCCAGACUUGUUCUUAUGGAAGCACAACCCUGCUCUGCCUCAAGCUCAGUUCUCUACAAGAAAAGUUUGGAGUUCUUUAUUCCCUCCUGGACCUUCGAUAUCUAGGCACAAAACCGUUUGGUUUACGCAUCAUAUACCAAAACACGGCUUUCUCCUCUGGUUGGCUGUUCGGAAUCGUUUAUUAACCAGAGAUCGGUUGAGAUCUUGGGGUCUCCUAGUGCCUGCAGAUUGUUUGCUUUGUGGCAAUGAAGAAGAAUCCAGGGAUCAUCUCCUAUUCUCUUGCACCUUUUCUAAGGAAGUGUGGACCUCUUUUUUCACUCAUCCCUCUUUGAAUCCGCCUUCAACUUUUGGAGACAUUAUUCAGUGGGUUAGAACCUCAUUCAACCAACCUAAGUUGCAAGUUAUUUGCAAACUUAUAUUUCAAGGAGUGACCUAUGCUAUUUGUGCUGAGCGUAACUCAAGGCUUCAUUCCUCCUCGUCUACUUCUCCGAAGACCUCCCACUCUUUGGUGAAAGAAAUUCAGCUUCUUCUCCUAGCAAAGCUUGCAGGGCUGGACCGAUCGAACAGAGCAAUUCAACUAGAGCGAUCUUCAACUUCAGUAACACAAGUCUCCUUCAUUCACACUUGGUUCGAAUUUAUUCAAAUGUAG